AAUUAUUACAAAAAACGCAUUGCCGAUCAAGAUGAAUUUUGUGUCACGUGAUUUUGCCUUGUCCAAAAUGGCGGAUGACAGCGGGACGGAAAGUCAGCUGCUAGGUAAAUUCGUAGAAAAACAAACGAAGUAUGGAACUGCAACACGAUUAGUGGCAAAGUCAUCUCUACUGGUAAAACACAGAGUGUGUCAGUCGGAUACUCUGAUGGGAAUUGCCUUGAAAUACGGAUCUUCGGUAGAACAAAUUAAAAGAGAAAACAAAUUAUGGACAAAUGACAGUUUGUUUCUAAGAGAACAUUUGUUAAUCCCUAUAACUAAUGAAAGUGCAAGUGAUAUACCUAAUAACUGUGAAGUAAUAGAAGCUGACAAUACCCUUAGAUCUCGUUCUAAUAGCUCAGGACAAAAAGCAACAUCAAACAAUUCUGGAAGUGUAAGUGAAAGUACGGACUUAACGACGAUUGACAAAAAGAAGUCCUCAAAGGAAUUAGAUGCCACAGGACAAGACUUCCUAAGCAAGUUUGACAAUUCGUUUGCUGUUCUAAAAUCCAAUGUGAAGAAAAUGGAACAGAAUACAAGCUUUUCUGAUGACAUCCACAAUCCACUGAUGUAUCCUCCACAAGCCAAUACAUCUGCCUCUCAUCGUAUGUAUCCUCCACAAACCAAUACAUCUGCCGCUCACUGGAGUUCAUCAUGCAAUGGGGGCCAAAUCAGGGCAGAAUCACCAGUGUUACGUAUUAAAACUCACAAACUUGAGUCCUCAGUCAGUAGUAGGCUAGAACAGACAAAUGAUGAACUCUUCCAGUUAUGACAACUGAAAGUGUACAGCAGUGUAUAUAUACAGUGUAUUAUAGAUAAGCAUGCAACCCUUUCUCAUAAAUGCCAGAGCUGUAACACGGAACUCUGGGAUUUCAAUUAAAGGUUACCAGCCACUUAUAUAAAAACUUUUCUUUGAAUUGAAUUAAAACGUUUUUAAAAAAUGCUGAUUCAUUAGUCCCUCAGGUAAGAGAAAUAUCUCAACAAGUGUAAUUUUUCAUCAGAGUUUGUAGCCUGGCCCCAAGACCAUAAACUGAGAACAGACUUAACAAGGCUGAGUCUAAUUAUUUUUACCCUAGAUAUCUUGAUAAUUUUUUUUAAAUUAAAUUUUCACUAUUAUAUUUAUUGUUUUAAGAUUGAAUAAUGGAAUGAUUUCUGAGGGGGCCAUCUCAAAAGUUGUCAAAUUUUACUAUUGGACCUUAUGGGAAUUUGCAUUGAAAAUCGCCAAAUUAUCACAUUUUUUCCAUCUGUGUUGUAUUUCUGCCCUACAGAUUUUUUUUAAGUCAAGUAUAUGAAAGUUAUCGUAAAAAUUCACCAAAUUGUGAAAUUUCAUAAAAGUCGACCGUCUAGUAAGGUCUAGGAAUAAUUACAAAUUUUAUUUUUUCAAUGCCCAAUACCUCUAAAAUUGCAAUAUUGUGGUAUAAUAUAUACAUAUUUAUCCCUGCAGAUGAAUUCUCAGUGCAUAUGAAUUAUUUUGGUAAAAAAUAACAAUGUUUAGAUUGCUUAUGUUUCUUUUGAUGUUCUGUCAAGUUUUUAGUAAAAUGUUCAUGGACGUCUUGAAUACACAAGCGAGUCAUAAUAUCAUUCUUUAGCGUCCUUGCAUUGCUUACAAAAAUCUGAAAACAGUGACAUCGUUUCACCAAAUUCAGCAGUUUUUUUUUCCUAGUUAUUGUCAUUAAAGCAUGUUUUCAGACCAAUACAUGUUACAGAUAAUGUUAAUUUUUUAUAAAAAUCACAAUACUUAGGAUAGGUAUAAUGUUGCACAUACGACUGCAUGAUAUUACAAAGCUGCAUAAAGUCAUGCGUGCCUCGUUGUAUCAAAAUUUCAAAUCGAUUUAACUUUUGAAAUAAUUUUGAUUAUAAAAUAAAAUUUUACUUGCUUCGGGCUGUAGAGACCCUAGGGGACUAACAGUCCACCAGCAGAGGCUUCGACCCAGGUGUCAUAAUUUAAAUCAUAUACGGUACCAAUUUAGAUGCACCAGAUGCGGAUUUCACAUAUAGGUCUAGCAAUACAUAAGCAAUUCUUGGAACAUACAUGUAUAAGAAGUCCCAAACUCAUUUUUGGUGCCGAUAACCUUUAAUCACAUUAGUUACUUAAGUACUGUAUUUAGUCCAAUAAAGACCAUUGUUACUUAUUGGAGCUGAUGUUGAAUUCAGAGUUCAUCAUUUGAAAUGCUUCAGUAUGAAAGAUAUAUGUGUUUUUAGAAUCAAUACAGUACAAUGUAUUAUUUUAGUAAAACUAUGCAUAACUAAUUUUUAUUUUUUUUCUUUUGGACAAUACAAUAAGGGCCCAGAUAUGAUAUUGUGACAUUCAUACUAACCAGGCGAAAACUGAUUGAAGAGACACAAAUAGUAAUCAGUAGCAGAUUAGAAGAUGAUGGUCAUAUUUACUGUAUAAUUACUCUCAUACUGUACAUGUAUAUCCUAGAUAGUGUAUUAGUAAAUAUGUAAGUUUUAAUUUAAUACUUGACACUGUUAUUUUUACUGCAGUGUAUAAUUGUCAUUCCUAAGACAAGGUUGUUCUGUGUAAAAAAAUAUUUGUCAUGAAGGUAACAGUUUAACUACAUGAGUAGUGUUUGACUUAAAUGUUUGCAUACAUAUGCUCUUAAUCUUUUGAAAUAUUGAUAAAUCAGUUCUCAAAAGUCUUUUUAUUAAGACCUUUCUGAAUGUUUUAUCAUUUUUGACCUUGACCUUGAAUUUUGACCUUUUCAAAAAAAUUAACCUUGUCUGUUCUUGCACCUGAAAUGACAGGAGUUUUAUAUUUUAAAUGUGCAUUAUCUGUACCAAGACCUUCCUGAAAGACUUCAAAUUUAAGUAUGAUAGACAAGACAUUUACAAUAUAUUAUCAUGAUAGAUUUGCACCAUAUCCAAUAAGACCCUGAAAGCAGGAGACCACAAUUUUCUGAAUAAAGAUAAUUAAAUUAUCUCUGAAUAAUUUUUUGUGAAAUUUGGCUUUUAAUACAUUUACUAUUAUUAUUAUUAUUAUUAUUAUUGAAAUUCAGAUGUUUUCUGACUCUUCAGUUGGUUAGAAACAGACAUGCAUAUAAUAUUAAUUAUUUCAAUCUCUCUGUGCUUAGAAAGUAUUCUAUCAAUAGAAUUUGAAUACCAAUCACCUCUGAAAUGGGGAUUUUUGCCAAGUAUUUAAUUUAGUAUGUACAAAUGUAUGCCAUGGAAAAACAUCUGUAUGAAAAUAAAGUUACAAUACAUAAAUUUGAAA